CUGACAUUUAAGGUUUAUGGUUAUGUUUUUUGAUAUAUUAAAAGUAAUAAAAAACAAUAGAUAGGAUGUUAACAGAAAAUUCAAUUAAAAUGUUAUGACCAAAGUAUUAAACAUCAAGAAUGUCUUCAGGACGAAAGUGCAAAAAUUGCGGGGGUUCAGACAUUGAAGUCGACCCAGCAAGAGGAGAUGCAGUGUGUACGACAUGUGGUUCAGUUCUUGAAGAUAGUAUUAUUGUUGCUGAAAUCCAAUUUGAAGAGGGUGCCCAUGGAACCUCCAGUGCUCUUGGUCAGUUUGUUUCAUCAGAUUCCAAAGGAGGAGCUACAAAAUUUGGUGCCUCUUUCCAUGUUGGAGAUAGUGUUGAAUCCAGGGAAAUUACUUUAAAGAAAGCAAGAAAUGGAAUUUCACAUUUAUGUAGCCAGUUGAGGUUGAAUCAACAUUGCACAGAUACAGCCUGCAGUUUUUUCAAAAUGGCUUUAUCAAGGAACUUGACCAGAGGUCGUCGCAACACCCAUGUGCAUGCUGCUUGUGUAUAUUUGACUUGUAGGACAGAAGGUACUGCACAUUUACUUAUAGAUAUCAGUGAUGUUUUACAAAUAUGCUGUUAUGAGCUAGGUAGGACUUACCUAAGGCUUUCUCAAGCUUUAUGUAUCAACAUUCCUGCAGUAGAUCCUUGCCUUUACAUACUUAGAUUUGCUGCUAAAUUACAAUUUGGUGUUAAAACCCAACAAGUGACAAACACUGCCUUAAGGUUAGUUCAAAGAAUGAAAAGAGAUUCUAUCCAUUCAGGAAGAAGGCCAUCAGGUUUAUGUGGAGCUGCCUUAUUGAUGGCUGCAAGGCUUCAUGAAUUUAAUAGAACUCCUUCUGACAUUGUUAAAAUAGUUAAAGUUCAUGAAUCAACUUUAAGGAAGAGAUUGAUGGAAUUUGGUGAUACACCAAGCAGUGCCCUAACAUUGGAGGAAUUCAUGACAGUAGAUCUAGAAGAAGAACAAGACCCACCAUCCUUUAAAGUAGCUAGGAAGAAGGACAAAGAAAGGCUUCAGAAGGUUUUAGAGGAAGAGGUAGAGAGUUUUUCUGAUCUUCAGAAACAAAUUGAGCGGCAAUUAGAGCUUAAAAGAAACUUUAAGCCAAUUAUUAAAACAAAUAAGAAAACUGAUGAAGAUGUAGACACAGACAUAUUUAUCAAUGAAUCUACUUUAGGCACUAUCCAUAAACUUCUGGAAACUGAUGUUAACCCAGUUGAGCCAAUUACUGAAGAAGUAGGUCCUGAUAUAUCUAGCUUAGGAUUACCAAACUCUUUAGAUGAUACUUCUAAUGCCUAUAUACCUCCCCCAGAGAUAGAUUUGGAUAUGAACUUUGAUGAUAUAGAUGAUGAAGAGAUAGAUACGUAUAUCAUGUCAGAAAAUGAAUGUGAAAAUAAAAAAAUACUAUGGCAUAGAAGAAAUGCUUCAUACUUAGAGGAACAAAAAUUAAAAGCUGAAAAAUUACAAAAGGAGAGAGAAGAAGGUAAGCCCGAUAAGAAAAAGAAGAGGGUCAUCAGAAAGAAAGUGGGACCUGUUAAUUCAGCUGGUGAAGCCAUAGAAAAGAUUUUACAGGAAAAGAAAGUGUCUACCAAAAUCAAUUACGAUGUACUUAAGAGUUUGAAUGUAGCUCCAGUUCAAACAGAAAUUACAUCUGUCAAUGAAGAAGAUUCAGCAACAACUUCAGAAUCCAUAAAAAGAAGACGACUUUCUUCAAUGUCAAAUUAUCGUGAACAAGCUCCUGAUAAAUCCAGUAAGAAAAAAACAGGUGGUAUGGUUGGACUUCCAGUAUUUGAAGAUCCUAAAAAGAAGGCCAAGGAAGAAAUUGUUAAAGGAGAGAAAGAAGAGGAAGACUAUGAAGAUUAUGAAGAAGAACAAGCUGUUGAAGAAAAUACAGAUGAAAUGGGGGUUCUUCAGAUGUUAAGGCAACACAGAGAAGAUGAUGAUGCAGAAGAUUAUAAUUAUGAAUAUUUUGAAGAAACUGAUUACUAAAUGGACUCUUUUUGAAUUGUGACGAUUAUGUUGCACCAUCAAAUACAAUACUGAUGCAAUGUGAAAAAUCACAGUUUUAAGUUAAGGUAUGAAAUAGAUGUAAAAAGUACACAAAAUUCAAUGCAACACCUCCACAUAAUGUAUCCUACUCAAAAUGAUAGCCAUAGUAAAUUAUGUUAGUUUCUCAUUAUAAAUAUACAGACAGUUAUUGUUUAAAAGUGAUUUUCUCGAAACACCACAUUUCUAGUUGUGUUAGUAUUGUAUUUAUGGUAUGCUGUGUUUAAACCGGUGAAAGAAGAACAUCAAAUUAAAAUAAAUAUUUUUUAUUAUUGAUUAUAUGUCAGUACAAUUUUUUCACCCCUAACUACUGAGGUGGAGUCUACUAGACUCUGCCCGACUAUUUUAAUUAUACUUUCAGGUAGCAUUCAGUACCUUUCUAUUUAGUAAUUAUCUUCCUGUAAUUCUAAAUAGACGUUUAUUGGUGAUUGUUCAUAUUCUUUUAAGUAGACUUCUAGCAUGUGAGGAGUUUUUUAAGCAAUAGGUGUGACAUUUUUAUCCAACAAACAUCACAUUUUUAAUACUAAUCUUUGUUACAUAUUUCAUAUUAUUUUUAUUAUGGUUCAAUUUUGAUUUUGGCAAAAAAAAAGUGUAAACAUUUAAUCCCAAAUAAUUAGAUAUUUUUAAUUUUUACUUAUUUUGUAUUAAUUUUACUUUAUGGCCUUAGGCAAAGCCAUUAAAUUGCCGGAGUCUGGUAGACUCCACCUCAGUAGUUACGGACAUAAAAUUCACCUCAGUGGCAACGGGUUAAGCAUUUUUUCUUUGUAAUUUAUAAGGCAUCUUUGUGAUAAGUUUGUGCUGGGAAAACAUUUGUAAAUAAAUUAUUUAUUAUUUGCUGUAAUUUUUUUUUUAAUCUAAUAAUUAUGGUAAUCAUGUAUUUUAUGGAAAAUGUUCUGCUACAUCUGCAAUAAUUGAUUUAAUUUAUGUGUAUUAGUUAGUUUCUACUUAAAUAAAGAUACUACUACUUAUUAUUACUAUGUAAUGUAUACAGGUCUAAAAAUGGUCGAUUAUCUUCUAAAGAUACAUGUUAAAUACAAAAGUUUUAGGGUUUUUUUUAAAUCUAUUGCAAUAAGUAAAGUCAAAGUAAGUAAACAGGAUCAGUAAAAAAGUCAUGAAGAAGUUGCUUUUUCUUUAAUGAAACACCA